AUGAUGAUGAAACGACGAAAAGUCCGCGAAGCGACGUUGUUUUGUGGCGAUUCUAAAUCGCUUUUGUUUCGAUAUGAUCGUCGGUUUUCGUGUAGUCAAAGAUUUCUUAAUGGAAACAUGCUCAUCUUGAUCUCCGUGUUUGUAUUGUUUCUUUGUGUGGAAAUUUCUGUAGCAUUACCCGAACGUCGUUGUGGUACACUGGAUAUACGAAAUCAUCCGAGUCACGGCUACAAGCUUGCCGGUCACAAAUCCGUGUCAACCGCUCAUGUUAACUGUAGCGUAAUGGAAGGCUCUAUGGUGAUGUCCUUGAUACAAAAUUCGAAUGUGACUGAAGCAGAUUUCCCAGUAUUUCAUCAUUUGCGUGAAAUUACCGGGUCAUUGUUAAUCUUCCAUGUGAGGAAAUUGUCAACGCUAUCAAGGGUCUUCCCCAGUUUAAGAAUAAUCGGGGGACAGAACUUAAUCCAACAUUUCUCCCUGAUUAUUUACCAGAACGAGGACUUAACGGACAUCGGGCUCUCGAAACUGCGUUUGAUUCGUAAUGGAGGAGUACGAGUCGCGGAAAACAACAAAAUGUGUUAUUCACGAUAUAUUGAUUGGAAACAUCUCAUGGCUGGACCGUUGAAUGAUAUCUUGGUUGAUGACGCUGUAGAGAUUGGUGUUGGAGAAGGAAAAAUCUUGUCAUGUACUGAUGACUGUGAAGUGGAGGAUGAGUCAAAAUGUCGACAUGUAUCGCAUUCUCGUGGCGAGCAGCUAUCAUGUUGGAAUAAGAACACUUGCCAAGAAGAUUGCCCCUACGAUCGUAUUAAUGGAAGUGUGGGACCAGGAUGUGCAGAUUCAAAUGGCGCAAAAUGUCAUGAACAAUGUGUGGCGGGAUGCACGGUGCCAGAUGAUGACAAAGCAUGCUACGGAUGUUUGCACUAUAAUCAUGACGGCGCGUGCGUGGAGAAGUGCCCAGCGCAUUUGUUCACGUAUCUGAAUCGACGAUGUAUAACGGAAGCUGAAUGCGACGCAAUGUCAGCGCUUCGAGGUGGAAAAGAUGUCUACAAACCGGCGAACGGGGUCUGCGCAACGCUUUGUCCAGAGGGACUUGAGGAAGAUCCAACGAAUAAGAAACGCUGUCGAAAGUGUGCUGGUGAAUGCGUACGAAAAUGCCCUGGGAACAUUACAGUGGACACUAUGUCAAAGGCAAUGCAGUUGAAACACUGCAGUAUUAUUGAGGGUUAUCUUGAGGUGGAAAUGCGUGUUGGGAUGAGUACCGUUGCUGCUUCACAGCUAACCGAUGUCUUUGGAAAGAUCACAACAAUUGACGGGUACUUUGUUGUCCGAUUGUCUCCAUCUUUUGUGAAUCUGCAUAUGUUCCGCAGUUUGACGCGAAUCACUGGUCGGUCACUUUAUCGAGAUAAAUAUGCUAUGAGCAUCUUUGAGAACUCGAAUUUGCAAAAACUCUUCCCGCCAGAAAAUCGUUUAGUAAUAAAUACUGGCUCCGUUCAGUUCCAAAAUAAUCGCAUGCUUUGCUACUUCCGAAUCAAAGAGUUGAUGGCAAAGUUGGGACGUGAACACGAGAUGUCGGAAGAAGAUCAGAGCCUCAGCUACUAUAGUAAUGGUGACAAAGCUAUCUGUGAGGAAUCGUCAUUCAACCUCACGGUAGUGGACAGCGCAGUGUCACAGACUGCAUUCACCUUACGCUGGCCGGCACUAAACACCUCGGAUAUCGAUCACAGAAAAUUCCUAGGAUAUGAUAUAUUGUACAAAGAGGUCGCAUGGGAGGACCCUAACUUAUCGAUCGACGAUGAUAGAUCAUCGUGUCAAGAUACAGAUUCUUGGUAUUAUCACUUUGAAGGGGUGAACGACAACAUUGAACGUAUCAAUGGAACUGGUCCAGAGUACGUUACGGCUAUGAUAGGGAAUAGCCAUAUCAAACCGCAUACAUUAUAUGCGGCAUAUGUGACGACAAAGAUGGUACGUCAUCAAGGGGCACGAAACGCUGUUUCAAACAUCGCGUUCGUACGAACACGAUUUGCAGUACCAGAUCCGCCUCGUUUGACAAAAGCUGAAGCAUUAGGGACUGAAGAAAUCCUGCUUGAAUGGGAUCCACCAUUGCAACCAAACGGUGAUAUUUCUCACUAUGUAGUCAGUUGGAGAGCAAUGGAUGAUUUGCACAUGAAUCAACACAUGGGAGCUGCUGUUUGCUAUGAUGACUCUUCUCGAAGUCUCGAUCUUUCACUUGGUAUUGCCGAAGGUUUGCGAGAACCAUCGACAACACCAGCUCCAAAAGCAGUUUCGAUGUUGCUAGGUGAAAAUAGUGAAGGACAAAAUAGUGAUACAUGUCCUAGGCACGAAGGAUGUUGCAAAUGUGCUCCAAAGGUGGUUUCGUCAGAACUUGAUGAGAGUAUUGAGUCACAAACUGAGUUCGAGAACGCUGUGCAUAACGUGGUUUUCAUUCAAAAUCAGCUAGCACGUCAACGUAGAGCCAUAACAGCAACAGCUCAGCCCAAAGAUGUUGUUAAUGGGAGUUCGACGAAGAAAGACCCACAACCUCCGAAGAAGAAUGGGAGUGUGGCUAAUUUAUCUGAGCCUGUGAAAAAUGACGCAAUUACUGCUAACGUUACAGCCACCUCAUACGUCAUAAGGGGCCUUAAACACUAUACGCGAUAUUUUAUCCAAAUCACCGUUUGCCAAGAUCCUACCGCUCCUGAAACUCAUUGUUCAACGAGGAGAGCGUGGCAGUAUGUUCGAACAAAGCCUAUAGUGGAUGCUGACCGCGUUGAUAACUCGACUAUCAAUGUGGAAAUACUGAAUGGAACUUCUGACAUCAGAAUCACAUGGAUGAAACCAGUUGAUCCGAAUGGACUUGUAGUUGCAUACAAAGUGAAAGUGAUCAACACUGCUAAACAAUCGACUCCGGUUGACCAGUGCAUUCCCGUUUCAUCUGACUGGUCUCCAGAUGUGAAUGGUGCAGUUUUCGAGGGUUUGAACGAUGGCGACUACCGAGUUGAACUCCGCACAGUAUCUUUGGCAGGAAUCUCUCAACCGACCUACGCCGAAGAGUUAUUCCAGAUCUAUACACCUGGAUUCUGGACUGUUAAGAACAUCUUACUAUCGUUGUUUAUAUUCCUUCUGUUCGCUAUAAUAGUGGGAAUAGUCGGCUACUUCUUUGUGAAGAAAUACUACUCGCAAAAAGUGAAAGAAUACGCUACACAGCUGAUCUCGGCAAAUCCAGAGUACUUGUCACAGGCUGACGUCUAUAAGCCAGACGAGUGGGAGCUUAAGCGGUCUGACCUUACCCUAGAGUGUGAGAUAGGAAGAGGAACGUUUGGAAAGGUGUAUCGCGGAUACGGUAACAAUGUUCUGUCAAAAUGUGGUGACACAUUUGGCGUGUGCGCUAUUAAGACGGUAACGGAGACUGCGAACUCCGCUGAGCGUCUACACUUCCUGCUUGAAGCAAAUGUGAUGAAGUCGUUCUCAGCAGAAGCCUUCAUUGUCAAGCUAUAUGGUGUGGUAUCUGAUGGACAACCAGUGCUUGUGGUAAUGGAAAUGAUGGAAAAGGGUAAUUUACGCGACUACUUACGUUCACGACGUCCUGGUGCGGAAGAGAACGUGGAAAAUCUACCAGUACCAACCACUGCCGAAUACUAUGAAUGGGCAGCUCAAAUUGCUGAUGGUAUGGCCUAUCUGGAAUCGAUUCGUUUCUGUCAUAGAGAUUUGGCGGCUAGGAAUUGUAUGGUUGACGCGAACAAUGUUGUAAAAAUCGGUGAUUUCGGCAUGGCCCGUGAUAUUUACUAUCAUGAAUACUACAAACCAAACGGUAAAAGGCUAAUGCCUGUACGAUGGAUGGCACCGGAAUCACUUCGAGACGGCACAUUUGACAUGAAAAGCGAUGUUUGGUCAUAUGGUAUUGUACUAUACGAGAUGAUCACGCUCGGUCAACAACCAUACCAAGGUUUGGCUAAUGAGGAAGUGUUGUCGUUCAUUGGAGUAUCCAGAAAGACAUUGGAUCGUCCAAUGGAUUGUCCCGAUUUCUGGUAUGACCUAAUGGUCGAGUGUUGGCGAUACGUUCCUCGUGAACGUCCAACCUUCCGCCAAAUUGUUGAACAUCUCGUACCUCUUGCUAGUGAUCAAUUCCGAGAAGCGUCGUGGAUCUAUAAUCACCCAGCAACUGAUUAUGCAUCAGAUGCAGAGCCGAAUUACGUUCCAGAAGGUCAUGGAAUGCGUGUGUUGAACACCAUCGAACCCACGGAUGAGGUUGAAUAUCGCAUGACAAAUCGCGCUGACGGUGCGAAACCACGCUGGGGUGAAGGGGACUCGUUAGACACCGAUUGUGAAGCAGAAGAUGAAGUGUAA